AUGUACAUCGCUCUCUAUUACAUAGUCACUCGUCUCCCUGACUCCCUUCGCGUAGUUAAGGACCACUUCCUCUCAGUCUGUCCCACCACCCUCACUGUCGACCUCCUCGAGAAGGCCCUCCUAGCGGCGGAGAAGAGCAUAGUCGCUGUAGGAGCCUCUCGUGGUGACCCGCGCACCCCCAUCUUUGAGGGGUGUUCUCCUUCCCCCCUGCUGCCCUCUGUUGCCUCUGCUGCUGCUGCCGACCUGCUUGGUCUUGCGUCGGUCGGCGCGGCGUCUGCCCCCAGCGGGAGACGCCGCACUGGCAAGGGCAAGGGGGGCAAGGGCGCGAGUGGAGCUGGCGGGGGCGGUGGAGGUGGCGGUGGAGGCGGCGGAGGGAGUGGGGGUGGCGGUGGGAGUGGUGGCGGGAGUGGUGGCGGUGGUGGCGGCAGCGGCGGCGGAGGAGGUGGGAGCGGAGGCGGUGGUGGUGGCGGAGGUGGAGGCGGUGGUGGUGGAGGAGGUGGAGCUGGUCGGGGUAGUGCCCCGCAGCGGAGCGGCUCUGGUGGUGGUCCGCGGCAGCAGCAGCAGCGCUCUCGGGACAUCCCCCCGCCUCAGCAGCUCCGUGAGUGGUAUGCGCAGAGUCAGCGUGGUGGGGGUUUUGGCCCGUGCACCUACGUUCUUCGCAGUGGCGACCGCGCGGCGAUCUUUGAGCUAGACUUUGAUGCUAUCCUUGUUGCCAUGUAUGCUGUGUCUAUUAGUGAUGAGGGUGACUGUUACCGGUGUUUCCCGCCCGACCCGGGCAUUGGUACUGCUGCGCUCUCAGGUGCUGGUGAGGCUGCGCUUUCAGGUACUAGUGAGGCUGCUCUCUCAGGUACUGGUGAGGCUGCGCUCUCAGGUACCACGUCGGCUUCAGCCUCUCACACCUUUACACUUGACUCUGGGGCUUCUCGCUCCUUCUUUCGGGACCGCACCACACUCACGCCGCUCGGCCGGCCGGUUGCGGUCUCCCUGGCUGACCCCUCUUGGGGUCCUGUCCUCUCUCACUUCUCCACUGUUCUACCGUGUCCAGCUGCCCCCUCGGGCGCCCUGUCAGGCCUGUACCUCCCCUCGUUCUCGACGAACUUGGUGAGUGGUGCUGCCCUACAGGAUGCGGAGGUUCACCAGUUUACUCGUGCGAGUCAGCGGGUGACCCACUGCAUGGACGCGCGCACAGGUCGGCACCUGGCCACGUUCUCCCGUCGGCCGGGGUCGAGCCUCUACACCCUGACCACUGAGUCUCCUCCUGUCCCUGUGUCUGGCCAGGUAGCUGCGUCGGGUCAGGUGUUUGCUGCCGCGUCCAGGUCUGGUCCUGAGUCUGCCCCCUGUUCGUGUCGCCUCCUGUCUCACGAGACUCUCCUGUGGCACCACCGUCUUGGCCACCCCUCCUUGCCCCGUCUCAGGGACAUGGCUUCUCGUGUCCUUGUCUCUGGUCUUCCCCGGUCUCUCCCUCCCCUUCCUUCGGGGCCAGGACCUUCUUGCGUCCCUUGUGUCGAGGGGCGCCUCCGGGCUGCCCCCCACUCCUCACAGUUUCCUCGGACAGAGGCUCCUCUGCAGACGCUUCACAUGGACGUGUGGGGCCCGGCCCGCGUCGGUGGACAUGGUCACGAGCGCUACAUUCUGCUGGUGGUUGACGACUACUCGCGUUUCACCACAGUCUUCCCAUUGCGCAGCAAGGGUGAUGUUACUGGGGUGUUGAUCGACUGGAUCCGCGCAGAUCGUCUCCAGCUCAGGAGGAGCUUCGGCUCGGACUUUCCUGUUCUGCGUCUGCACUCUGAUCGAGGCGGAGAGUUUUCCUCUGGCCUUCUUCGAGCCUACUGUCGUUCACAGGGCAUCCGCCAGACAUUUACGCUUCCGGACUCUCCACAGCAAAAUGGGAUUGCUGAGCGCCGCAUUGGCAUGGUCAUGGACGUCGCUCGUACGUCCAUGAUGCAUGCGGCUGCCCCCCAUUUUCUAUGGCCGUUUGCAGUAUGGUACGCGGCGCAUCAGAUCAACCUUCACCCCGGGGUUUCCGGCCGGGGAAGGUCCGUACCUCCUCGGCCCUCCUGUGGACUGGGAAGGUCGGCGAUGCGUCUGCGUUCUGUGUCUGGGGAUCUAGGGCGAGUGUCCGCAACUUGUCUGCGGACAAGCUGUCCCCUCGUGCUGCUCCAUGUGUCUUCCUUGGCUUCCCCCCUGACGCUCCCGGGUGGCAGUUCUACCACCCCUCCUCUCGUCGUGUUCUCUCCUCCUAGGACGUCACGUGUGUCCCAGGUAGACGCCGUCAAGCCGGUUGAGGUUGAUUGUGACUCUGGUCCUGCUGCGGGUGCUGAGCCCGGGGGUGCUGACUCUGGGGGUGCUGUGCGUGUGGGUGCUGAGCCUGGGGGUGACGAGCCUGGGGGUGCUGUGCGCGUGGGUGCUGAGCCUGGGGGUGCUGCGUCUGGAGCUGCUGAGCCGGGAGGUUCUCUUGAUGCUCCGUCUUGGCGAAAGCCCCUCUCUCCACAGGAGCUGCGCGAGUGGUUUGCUCGCCGCUGGAGGCGUACUGAUGGAGCUUCUUCGGCCGCUGAGGGUGCUGGUGCCGCCGGUCCUGGAGCUACUAGGCCUUCAGGUCCUACUGGAGCUGGAGCUGCUUCGGGUGUUGGUGCUGAAACUGCUGCUGUCUUCCCUGGCGGUGGUCCUGCUGCUGGUGCGACUGGAGGUCCUGCCGCUGGCGGUGCUGUUGGCGCUGGUGCUGCCGCUGAGGGUGCGAGUACUGUCCCUGCUAGGCCUGGAGUCCCCGCGCGGCCUUGGCCGUACUUCGUUCCGCUCCUGCAGCAGGUUCUUGGUCUUCCUCCUUCUGUAGAGUGUCCACCGUCUCUCCAGUCGCAGUCACUGUUAGAGCCGGCCUCCCCACUGCCUGCUCCCUCUCCUUACUCUGGUCCUACUGGAGGUCUUGCUGAGCGUCGUGAGCCUGCGUCUCGUCCCGCGUCGCCUGUUCGUGCUGCUCGCGCUAGUGGUCGCGGUUCGCGUCAGCGUCCUCCUCCUGUCCCUGGCACGCACCGGAUGUCUCUGCGUCCGUCCACUGCUUCUCUGCAUGCCCCUUUGCCUUCUCCUCCUGCGUCCUCUCUUCCUGCGCUUUCCGAACGGGAGUCGGACUCUCUUCGUGCUGCCAGUCCUACUGUCACGCGUCUCCUUGCUACUGUUGUCACUGACCCCUCUUUUGAGUCCACUGCUGCGUCUGCUCUUGUCGCUGAGCUCGUUGACUUUGCUGCUCGCUGUCGUCUAGACUACGCUGCUAGUCUUGUUGCUGAGUCUGCGUCUGUCUGUCUUCCGUCCGUUGGGGGUGAGUGUGCUCUUGGCACGGACGUCCUUGAGGACAGGCAGGAGGAGAUCCAGUGUCUGGCUGCUGCUUCACCUCAUCUCGCGUCUGCAGCUAUGGAUGCAGAGAUGGCUUCCUGGAAGUCCACAGGCACCUACGUUGACGAGAUUCCCUUGCCUGGGGGGAACAUCGUCAGUGGCAUGUGGAUCUUCAGGGUGAAGCGGCCGCCUGGCUCUCCACCUGUCUUCAAGGCGCGGUACGUCGCUCGUGGCUUCAGUCAGCGGCAGGGAGUUGACUACUUUAAGACCUUCUCUCCCAUCCCGAAGAUGACUACUCUUCGGGUGCUGCUGCACAUAGCCGCUCAGCGCGACUACGAGCUUCACUCUCUUGACUUCAGCACUGCUUUCUUGCAGGGCAGCCUGCACGAGGAGAUCUGGCUGCGCCGUCCGCCUGGCUUCACUGGGACUUUCCCUCCUGGCACCCAGACUACGCUUGCGGCUCUUGGGUUUGCUCCCUCUUCUGCUGACCCGUCGUUGUUUCUGCGCACCGACACUUCUCUGCCGCCGUUCUACAUCCUCGUGUACGUCGACGACUUGGUCUUUGCCACAGCGGACACUGCUGGACUCGCCUACGUGAAGUCCAAGCUGCUGAAGAGACACACGUGCACAGACCUGGGUGAACUGCGCAGCUACCUUGGCUUGCAGAUCACUCGGGACAGAGCACGCCGCACCAUUACCUUGACUCAGUCACACAUGGUGCAGCAGGUCCUUCAGCGCUUCGGCUUCACGUACUCCUCGCCUCUGGCCACUCCUCUGUCUACUCGCCACUCGCUCUCAGCUCUGCCUUCGGAUGAGUCCGUAGAGUCGACUGGCCCGUACCCAGAGCUUGUUGGCUGCCUCAUGUACCUGAUGACCUGCACACGACCUGACCUUGCAUACCCUCUGAGCAUUUUUGCACGCUAUGUUGCUCCUGGGAGACACCGACCAGAGCACAUGGCUGCAGCGAAGAGGGUGUUGCGCUACUUGUGCAGUACGUCGGGCAUGUGGCUAGUGCUUGGAGGGCGGAGUCCAGUGGUCCUCACUGGUCACGCGGACGCUUCUUGGGCUGACGACCAGGCUACGCAGCGGUUGUCGCAGGGGUACACCUUCAGUCUUGGUUCUGGCUCUGUUUCUUGGCGGGCUACUCGCUCGUCUUCUGUUCUCAGCUCCAGCUGUGAGGCUGAGAUCUACGCCGGGGCCAUGGCUGCACAGGAGCUUCGCUGGCUCACCUACCUGCUGACUGACCUUGGAGAGGUGCCUCGUUCUCCUCCAGUGCUGUACGUAGACAAGAAGGCCAUGCUGGCCUUGUGUCGAGAGCAGCGCUUGGAGCACAGAACGAAGCACAUUGCUCUCCGCUACUUCCUUGCUCGUGAGCAGCAGCAGCGUGGUCAGUUGCGACUUGCGUAUGUGGCCUCUGAGGCCAACACUGCUGAUGUUUUCACCAAGGCACUUCCGCCUUGUGAUCAUCAGCGCUUUUGUACUCAGCUGGGACUUGUACCUGUCUUACCUCACUUGCUCACCUCUUGA